UCUCCUUCGUCAGGUCUGUCAGGACCUGGCUGAGUGGUACUUCCAGGACGGACGCUCGGUUCUGGCAGCGUGCUGCCACUUGGCUGUGGACAAUGUCCAGUUAGCCAUGGGCAGUCUGAUCCGAGGAAACGAGCUGGAGUUAGCUGCAUGUGUGGGCCUCGUCCUCGGAAAACUGGCCAAUCAGAGCACAGCAUACUGCCUCCAGCUGCUGGCCAGGAAAUACAUGACCACGCCCACCUGGUAAAGAACCCCGCCUACCUGUAACAGAACCCCUCCUACAGAAUACCCCUACAGAGCCCCUCCUACAGGACACCCCUACAGAACAUCUCCUACAGAACACCUCCUACAGGACACCUCCUACAGAACCCC